AUGCUAGAGUUUCUUCUGCGGGGCUACCUCGUGUACCUCUCCUUUGUGCAGCCGGUCGUCUACGGCGCGCAGCUCUGCCACUCGCCAGACCCCGAUGUGCGGCAGGUGACAAAUGUGACGCUGACGCUCAUCUUUGCAUGGCUUCUGGAGGUGGCUGAUGUGCUGUUUCUAUCCUCCUUUAUCGCGAUGCGCUGGCUUUACCUGUGCGCCCGCAUCACUCUAGCCCUCUACUUUUCGCAUCAUCGCUUUCUCGGUGCGGUGCAGGUCUACGAAAGGCUAUUUUCGAGCCUCGUUGAUAUCUACUUGCCUGUGAUCGACUCCGUCGUCGUACAUCACGUGCAAAUCAUUUGCAAUUCCGGGCUCACUCAGUACGGCACACAGAUGUGCAUCGGACUGCUGCGGGGCAUCGCCGCGGCCGCGGGGAUUGCCAAGACGUUGAUGGAGGUCUCAGCCACCACCACGGCGCGGGUGGCCCCUCUGCCCCGCCGCAUGUCGCAAGAGCGCGGCGGCGGAGAGGUGGAGGAUGCCCGCAUCUCUCCCCCGCCGCGUCCACCGCCGGCCACCCGCGCCGCCCGACUGGAGCCGCCAUCGCUCUUCUACGACGAUAGUGACGAGGGGUGA